CGCGCGUUCGUAUACAGUUUCGUCUAUAUAUCUAUAUCCCGUCUAUUGCUGUGUGCCUAUAUAGCUGCACGGUUAUAACUUAAAAACGCGCGCGUGUAUAUACUAUGUAAUAUUAUGCAUAGGUAUAUAGCAGUGAGUUUUUAUGCACCAACUAUUGUUUAAUUCAAAAUAAUAUUAUAGAACGGUCACUGCACGGCGGGGCACGUGCAUGUUGCGUACGGGACCGGAGUGCGGUGAGGGGACGCGGUAUUCGGUGUGCGGCGAGAGGAGUAUUAGAUGCCUAUAAUACGUCUAUAGGUAUACUGCGUUACAAUAGCGGUACCUACAGCACGGGUAACAGACGAAUAUUUGAACUGUGCGGAGGUCGGUGGGUAGGUGGUAGGCGCACGGAGGGGAAAAAAAACCAUGAACUGUUUUCAAAUAAUAAUAAUAUAAUAUGCUUAGGCCUAUGCAACGUACCUACUACGGCCGCCUAGAACAUUGUAUAAUAUAUUAUAAUUUUCGUUAUUAUCGCUCGUGCGACUGUUUCGGAUAGACGUGCGCGGUGCAUAGGCAUAUAAUAUUGUAGGUAUAGUAUAUCUAACUCUAACAGGCAGUGCAGUUGCAACAAUAUUUUAUUUCAUAUAGGUAUCCCAUCCGCCUAAUAUUAUUAUUUUCUUCCUGAUAAAAUAUAUUGCGUGAAAUAAUAUUAUACACGUUUGUAAAGUUAGAAAUCAUACGAAUAAAAUAUUCGUGCGGUCGCGGUCGGCGGCGACAACAUCAUGUCCAGCUCUAAUGAGAUAGAGGAAAAUUUUGAAACACUCAAGGAUCUGUCCACCACCAUGAGCAAAGCGAUUGAACAACUCGAACAGCAGCAGUCCAAAUUGGAAAAGGACAAUAAGAGGCUCAACGACACCAACGAUAAGUUGCUUGAAAUUACCAAGAAACAGCGAUUGAUGGUAGGCUCGUCGGGAGAAUCAAGAGAUAUUACAAACAGAUACCGUGUAUCAAUUUACAAGAAACUUGCCGAACUUGAAAAACAACUAUUGCAAAAUCAAAAAGCAUUCACAGACGACUUCAAUUUUGAUGAAAAGGAUCCUAAACUAAUGUUAAAAUUGAAAGUCCAAAUUCACUCAUUACUAGAGGAAAACAGAUCAUUGAAAGACCAGCUUUCAGAUUUUCAAAAUUUGUAUGAUCGGGUCAAGGCUGAAAUCCAAUCAGCGAACUCGAAGAAUGCUAAUAGUCAAAUUGCUAAUAAUCAACAACAAGGAAUUAGUGCAAUGUACGCCUCUCCUACUACCACCAGCUCACUUGGCCAAGAUGAUUUGCAACCACUUCAGGUAAACGUUAUUGACAGUGAUGUAGACGGAUUGAAGGAUAAGUAAAGGAAAAAGUGUUCAAAAUAUGAUAAGAAUAGUUUUAUAUUAAGUUAUGUAUUUCUUUUUUUUUAGUCAUUAGAAUGCUUAUAAAAACAAAAUAUUUUCAUUAUAUUAUGUUACAAAAAAUUAUUUAUCUGCAUUGAUCAUUUUUGUUAUUUUUUACAUCCAUAAGUUAUAAGAUAUAUACUUACUUAAUUUAAGUAGUCGAGUAGACUGUUGGUACCCAAAUAAAUAAGUUGUAUUCUUUUUUUUUUUAAAUUUUUUAUUAUCUUUGUUCAAACAUUAAAUGUAUUUUUAAUAACUAUUUGUAUAAACUAAACAUUUAAAAAUGUAUUUAUAUUUGAAAAAAUUAAUAAAAUAUAAUACAAUUAAAUCUUAAGAAAUCAUCAUUAUUAUUUAUCAUAUAAUAAGAGGGGUUCCUGAAAUUCUUAAAAACAUUACCUGUGAAAAAAACUAUGUAAGUUAUAAUUAUAAUAAUACAAUUAUUAUAAGAUAGACUAGUAUAAUAGAUGUAUAAGAAUAAAUUUAAUCAAUUAAUAAAAAAACUGAAAAAAUUGUAAAGGAUUAACGAGAACCACCUUCUAGUGGUAUAUUUUAAAUUUAAAAGAACUAGCUUUAGCAUGAACGAAAAACCAAACCUUUUUUUUUCAUUUUGGUGGAAACGAAAACUCUCUUUGUAAUAACUACUUUUAAAAUAAAUAAAUAUAAAAAAUAUCCAUUUUCAUAAACAAUUGUUUUAUCUACUGUACGACAUAGUUUCCGUAAGGGAUGUUCAACUAUAAAAACUCUGCCUAUUUUCAAUAAUUACAUUAUUCAGCUGGAUUCCAAAUGGAUACAAUUUUCACCGAUUUCAAUAAAGCACUCUAUAGUGUUGACCAUUUGUUACUAAUAAAUAAAUUAUUGAAAACGUAUGGGUUUUGCGACCCAUUAUUAUUUCGGCUUAUUUAUUUUUUAACCAAAUCCUAUACAUGUUCUCUCAGGUGUCCGCAGGUCAACAAUCUUUCACCAACAUUGUUUUAUUAUUUAUAAAUUAUAUUCAAUCAGUUAUAAUACACUAUAUUCUAUUGUUUGAUGAUAGUGCCAAAUUAUUUUUAACAAAAAUAUUUAUCCAUGAUUGAUGAAUUCCUUUACAAGAAGAUUCAAAUAGUUUUAAUAAUUGGUGUUAUUCAAAUGGAUUGUGUUAACAAAUGCAAAAUAUUAAGAGGAAACCAUAACCAUCUUACAAACACAUAACAUAGCAUAAUAGUACAUUCUGAAUAAUUCAUUUAACACUGUUAUGUUUAAUUUUAGAGUGAAUUGACCUAUUACUUAAUUUGUAAGUAAGAAUAUUAGAUAAUAUCUAGUUCAAUGCUUCUCAAUCUUUUUUACAACGACACCCUAAUUUAGAUCCAUAAAAAUGGCGACACAUUUUAAUGAGAAUAUCUUUACAAUCGUUUUAUUUUAUCUGUGGUUUUUGCCAUCACUUCAAAACGCCAUAAUAACGUUAUAUUAUAUUUAUACUUUGAGUUUUAAAAUAUGUGUAUACAAUAUAAAUAAACAAUUUAUUUGGCGACACAUCGCUUUUGAACUACUAAUCUAGUCAAUAGCAUUGGUUUUUUUAUAUUUUAAUUCAAAAGCAAGUUAUGAGCAUAUUCAUUUAAAAUACUCAUAACUCACUUUAAAAUUAAAAUAUUAAAAAAAAAACCAAUGUCAUUAACUAGAUAAUAUUCUUAUUUCUAAAUUUGGUAAUAGGUAAAUUCACUCUAAAGUUAAACAUAACAGGGUUAAAUAAAUUAAUCAGAUCGUACAAUUUGCUACAAUUGUAAUACUGUUAUAUGUUUGUAAGACGGAGACAAUGAAUUCUCUUAACAUUUAUCAAUGUUAUAUUGUAUCGAAAAAUCUAGUAUUGAGUGUGAUUAUAAGCUUAUUAUUCUAAUACAGCGGUUCUUAACCUUUUGUAGAUCGCCCUUACCAAAUUUUUUUUUAAAUACCUUCAUUUUUACAAAACAUCUCAUGUUAUCAUAACCAAAAUUAUAAUCAUUAUUUUAUAUAACAAUUUACAUAAGUAGAUAUAACAAAACACACACAUUUAUAAUUAUUGUAUUACAUAUAAAUUUUUAUAAAAAUGUAAUAUGUAUAAAACUAUAGUUGACUACGAUCGAUCAGCUGCACUUAGUGGCAGUAAAUAUAAGACUUCCGAGACUAUAGUACAUAUAUAGAUUUUGUAUGAACAAGAAAAACUGAUUUUACUUAAUAAAUAUUAAUAAUACAAUUAUUUGGUUUAGAAUCUACAUAUUAUAUAUAUGAAAAAAAUAAUAAUAAUAAUCCAACAAUAUUGUAAUAAUGCAUUCAUGUCACUUAUUGACGUAUGUUAUUUGAUAAGGCUGCCGCGGACCCCCGACAUGAGUAUCGCGGACCCCUAGGGGGCCAAGGACCACAGGUUAAGAACCACUGUUCUAAUAUUUUUAUAAAGCCAGAAAAAUCAUUUAUUGACAUAUGUAUUACUUUUGAUUGUGAACUAUGUAAUAUGUUUGAGUCAUAUAAAAUAAUAUACAAACAAAGCUUUUUUAAAUCUAGGUUUCAUUAUGCGUACUUGUUCAAAAUUUAAUAAUUAAGAUGCUCUAAGAAAUUUGAUACUUUGCAUUUGUCUGAUCUCAUUUAGAAUAUUAUGCAUCUCUUAUUAAUUAUGUUAUGAUGUUUAUUUUGUUAUAUUUUAUGGAAAGUAAAUUUCAAUUUAAUUUGUACUAGCUACAGUUUUUAUUGUGAAUUUUUAUACUACACAUAUUAUUCAUAUGGAGAUUAUUUUGUAAACAGAAUUUUUCCGUCAAUAAAGAUUUACUAUAAAAUAUAUAAAUAAUACAAUUCUUUCUUUGUAUACAUAUUAUGCUUAAUAUAAUGUGUAUUUAUAUAUUAUAUACUAUAUGUAUAUUGUUAAAAAGUACAUAAUUUACAAAUUGAUAAAAAAAAAAAAUAAAGAUUAUUGAGGAAGAUAUAUCUUUCUAAUCUUCCCCAUAAAUAUGCCACUGCAAUUAGCUACUUUAAAUUUUAAUAAAACUAAAUAAUAAAUGUAGAAUAUCAUCAGUGUUGCACUAACUUAUUAUGCCUGAUGGUUUAUGGCCCAAUCAAAAACAAUUUUCAUGUAAUUUGUUGUAAAAAAUUGUAUUUAACUUGGUGUAAAUAUUUGUUUU